AUGACCCUCUCGACAAGCGCUGUAUCUGUCAUGGUUGCAAUGCUGAUGAAUAUGUUCCCUGGCGGAACAAGGCAACACAAGCUGGAACUUGACGAAUGGCGUAAUUUCAAGCUAGGCGAACGACUCCAAUCCCAAAUCCCUUGUUGA